CGCUGCUAAGCUUUCUGGAUUUCGUUGGUAUGUUUUGUUUGCAGGGAUAAUCACAUGGUCAAUUGGGAUUGUGGGUUGCUUAUAGCAAUAUCUGACAUUGAGGUGGAUUAUAUUGAUAUUCGAGAUACGACAUUACUCAGGGUUUCUGGAUAUGAGAACCCUGUUGAAUUUGGCGUGUUAACUUCAUUUGCUUACACUCUGGAGGAAGAUUUUGGUGAGAUUGUGGUGGCCACUACUAGAGUGGAAACUAUGCUUGGUGAUACUGCCAUUGCUAUACAUCCUAAUGACGAAAGGUAUAGACACCUUCAUGGAAAACAUGUCAUCCAUCCUUUCAAUGGAAGAAGAAUUCCUAUAGUAUGUGAUGAAAUUCUCAUUGAUCUAGAGUUCGGGACUAGUACUGUGAAGGUUGUUCAUUUCAAAGGAUCAAGGAAACGCCUGAUGCUCGAGUCUUGGAGCUUCUACAGUUCCGUUUCCAACAUUCCAGAUAUGUUGUGCCUGAUAUUAAAGAAUGGGAGAACAAAGUACGAUUUUUGAAUAACUCAAGCUGGUUUAGCUUAGCAUAUGAAUUCGUAUUACAAGUUUGAUUAGGGACCUGCUGAUUUCAUGGCACUGAAAACGUACCCUGGAUGGAUUUGUGGAGAAAAACAUGACGGACUACUUUUAUUUAUUAUCUCUGCAAUGCUGUUUUCUUUGAAUUUGUUACUUCUUUACAAAAUCAGUUUUAGAAGAUGUAUUUGAAUAUAUGAUGAUUUGGUGUUCAAAUAAUUUAGUAUUUCGAACCGUAAACCGGCAAGAAUCGAAUUCGAACCGGUGUAGACCAAAUCGUAUGGUUCUAAUAAUAAAUUUAAGUGAAACAACACCAAACCAAAUCGUUGGUAUUUUCCGACUCUGGUUCCGGUUUAAGGUCGGAACCGCACCAAUCCCCACUUGUCUUUAUGUUCCAAUUUCGUCCAUGCAACCAUAUAUUUGAUGGGUAAACAGUUACUUGAGGA